AUGUCGCUGAACCGUAUCCUCAACAUCCUGAUUUUCAUUGCAACAGUGGUCUCUGCAUGGAGCCCCAGCGAUCAUCAAUGCAGGUAUUCUUCGCUCUGUCUAACCUCGUUCUACUGGUGCGACCCCACAGGCAAGUCCUGCAGCUACCCUGACGAUGUCUAUCCGCAGCGGAAACCUUGGCCCAACGAGUCCCGCUUCGGCUUCCCGACGCUCAUUUGGGAAACUAUCUACCAGCUCACAUGGCGUACCGAAGUGGACGACUAUCCUGUGACAGUAUGGUGGUGGAUGUUGGACGCCAACAUGACUGGUCUUGGUGACCGAAGACCAGGCGUUCCGGAAUACGUAGUUUGGGAGUUUAGUGAGUCUACACUCUACACGCAAACCGACAUGUCGAAUGAACUCAGAUCUGAUACAACAAUAGAUGUGACCGACGGCACCAGCCUCACCUUCUCCCCUAGCUCAGCCCUCUUUCCCAACCCCCUGGCCCCAACCCUAAACUUCACCCAAGCCAUCGGCCUCGCGACGGGCCAAACGUUCAUAUCCAUUUCGCAGUACGGCUCCGACCGCGCCAAUAGCACCGACUUCUCGCGCGAAAUUGGCCGCACAGACAGUCUAGGUGACAACACACAGACAUUCCACGUCGCGCCGGAAUGGUCGAAAGCGGCGAUUGACUUUGCGCGGAGCGAGGAGACGGAGAAAUGGGAGCGCAAGCUCGCGCUUGGUGUGGGUCUCGGUGUUGGGCUGAGCGUACUGGUCACGUACUUGGUUACUUGGGGGGCGGCGCAAUGGUGGGCGAGGAGAGAGACGAGGAAGUAUGGCGAUGAGAAGGGUUUAGGUGCAAGGAGAUGGUGGAUUGGAUUUUGA